AUGUAUAGAUACGGGCGGCUAAUUCGUUGUGAUAUUCCUGCUCCAAGAAGUUAUCAAUCAAAACCUUAUGCUUUUGUUGAAUUUGAAGAUGAACGAGAUGCAGAAGAUGCUUAUUAUGAGAUGCAUGGUCAUCUUGGCGGUAUGAGGGAAGUAGUCGAAGUUCACCGCGUCGAAGUCGCCGAUCGCCAUCGGCAAACAGCCGAAAGAGAGAGAACUACUAAUGGUGAAGAUCGUCCGGCUGAUGACAGAAGGUCCAGAUCUAUAUCACCACCUAGAGAAGAUCCUAAACGUCGUGAUUCUCGUUCACCUACACGUCCUCAUGAGGAAGCUAGAGAUAGAUCUCCUAGUCAAACGGAUCGUAAUGGCACCUCUCGUUCUCCAUCAAGGAGUCCACCAGCACGUCUUUCGCAGUCUAGAAGUCCCCAACGGGAUUUAAAUUGA